CCAAGCCCCUAAAGCAGAACGACCAGGCCCCUGAGGCAGAACGACCACCUCGCUACAAUCACACCGAAACCAGACUGGGAGACGCCAAAAGUGAUAAGAUGAUCAAGAAGGGAAAUAUUAUAGCUGGCCUAACCCGUAAUCAACCACCACGACCCAAGGCCCUGAGACCCUUACCCUGGAUUCUCGCCCUUUAAAAAACCCCUGCUUGUAAGGCACUGUGGAGUUUGGGACUUUUGAGCAUCAAUUCCCUCCUUCUCCGGGGUGGCGCCCCAUCAAUAAAUUUCUUCACUUCUGCAGAAGCUCCGUGUCAGUUGUUACUGGCUUGCUGCCCGUCGGGUAGACGAGCUCUCGUUCGGUCGGGUUACAAGGUUUGGACUGCAUGUCCUUUUUAAGAUUCCUUCCAGCUCUAACAUUCCACGAUGCGAUGGUUUCAUCCUCCUGCAGCCUUAUGAAUUCGAUUCAGGAAUAAAGUCGAUAAAUUAAGUCGUCCAAUCAACAUAUAUUUACUACAGUUCCUUAUUAUGUUUACGUAUGUAGAUAAGGAAUUGUAUUUUGAACUCCCGCCCAUAAAUGCCAACUCCUCCGUUCAGCGAUUCUUUCUAAGCUUCCCUGAGUCCCGUGGCCCAGGAUCACGUGCCAGUCAGCGCCGGGUGUUGCUAUGGAGCCCAACACGGUCCAAAUCGGAAGUGGUCCUUCAAAAUGACUUUCCCCGGGAACUCGUAUUUGAAAAAGCAUGCCGAUCGAAUUCGUUUUUUCUUAAUGUAAACCCGUAAGUAGAGAAACAAACUUUCUCUCCCAGAACCCAGAACGACGCCUCUCCUCCUCAAAGAGAAGAACUUCCACUGCUUCAGCGACGGAGUCGGGCGGAACCAAAUAGCCGCGGGCAUCUGUUCUCCUGAGAGCGCUUCUCGUUGACGAACCAGACCCCACCGCCGGGUUGCCGUGGAGACGAAGAGAGCUGUGUGCAUGCCGUGAGGCGUUGAGGCUGGGCCUCUCCUGUCUGUCGGUCCCGGAAAGGGGCUCACCGAACCAACGCCAAGAUGAUGCUUUCAAGGGCCAAACCUGCUGUAGGCGGGGACCUACCGCACACCGACAAAAGAAAGAAGAAAGGUAGGAAGAUUCCGAAACUAGAGGAGUUACUUUCGCAAAGAGAUUUCACUGGAGCUAUUACCCUACUGGAGUUCAAACGUCACGUUGGGGAACAAGAAGAGGAUACUAAUCUGUGGAUUGGAUACUGUGCUUUUCACCUGGGUGACUACAAGAGAGCUUUGGAGGAAUAUGAAAAUGCGACAAAGGAGGAAAAUUGCAAUCCUGAAGUCUGGGUGAACCUAGCCUGUACCUACUUUUUUCUUGGAAUGUAUAAACAAGCUGAAGCCGCUGGAUUUAAAGCUCCAAAAAGCCGACUUCAAAACCGCCUCCUUUUCCACUUGGCUCAUAAGUUUAAUGAUGAGAAGAAGUUGAUGAACUUUCAUCAGAAUCUUCAGGAUAUCACAGAAGAUCAACUCAGUUUGGCCUCAAUCCACUAUAUGCGAUCUCACUACCAAGAAGCUAUUGAUAUUUACAAGCGAAUACUGCUAGAUAACAGGGAAUACCUUGCCCUCAAUGUAUACGUGGCCCUAUGUUACUACAAGUUGGAUUACUAUGAUGUGUCUCAAGAAGUUCUGGCAGUUUACCUUCAGCAAAUUCCUGAUAGCACCAUCGCACUCAAUCUUAAGGCCUGUAAUCAUUUUCGCCUUUACAAUGGCAAAGCAGCUGAGGCAGAACUCAAAAGCUUGAUGGACAACGCUUCUUCUUCCUUUGAGUUUGCUAAAGAACUCAUCAGGCACAAUCUGGUUGUUUUCCGAGGAGGUGAAGGGGCUUUGCAGGUUUUGCCUCCCCUGGUUGAUGUCAUUCCCGAAGCUCGGUUAAACUUAGUGAUUUAUUACCUUCGUCAAGAUGAUGUACAAGAAGCUUAUAACUUAAUUAAGGAUCUGGAACCUACUACUCCUCAGGAGUAUAUCCUCAAAGGAGUGGUCAAUGCGGCCCUUGGCCAGGAAAUGGGUUCGAGGGACCAUAUGAAAAUUGCCCAGCAGUUCUUCCAGCUGGUGGGAGGGUCAGCGAGUGAGUGUGAUACAAUACCUGGGAGGCAGUGCAUGGCUUCCUGUUUCUUUCUGCUUAAGCAAUUUGAUGAUGUCUUGAUUUACCUCAACUCAUUUAAGAGUUACUUCUACAACGAUGACAUCUUUAACUUUAAUUAUGCCCAAGCCAAAGCUGCCACAGGCAAUACAAGUGAGGGCGAAGAGGUUUUCCUUUUAAUCCAAAGUGAGAAGAUGAAAAAUGAUUACAUUUACCUCAGUUGGUUGGCUCGGUGCUAUAUCAUGAACAAGAAACCAAGACUAGCCUGGGAACUUUAUCUUAAGAUGGAAACCUCUGGCGAGUCGUUUAGCCUCUUACAGCUCAUUGCUAAUGACUGCUACAAGAUGGGCCAGUUCUACUAUUCAGCCAAAGCUUUUGAUGUCCUAGAGAGGCUGGAUCCCAACCCUGAAUAUUGGGAAGGCAAGAGGGGUGCCUGUGUGGGCAUUUUCCAGAUGAUCUUAGCUGGAAGAGAACCCAAAGAGACCCUUCGAGAAGUGCUCCAUUUACUGAGAAGCACGGGUAACACCCAGGUGGAGUACAUCAUCCGGAUCAUGAAGAAAUGGGCCAAAGAAAACAGAGUGCCUGUCUAAAAUGGCUCCAGAGUCCGAGGGAACUAGUCACCACUUAGAUGUGUAAAAGGAAAGCAUUUUCCUCAAGUUUAAUAUGAAACGCAGGGCUCUGUUCUUUGACAUUUCCUUCCUUGGCCCUCGACCCUCAAGAUCAGUGAUUGACUUGCUUAGAACUAGCCUCCUGGCUGAACUCAGUGCCACGGUCUGCCCUGUGGCCUCUGUAUGACCCGACUAGCAAUAAGACUUUGGACUUGUCUGGUGCCUUUCUUCCAAAAAUACUCAGAGAACUCUUACAUAAUUAACUGACUUUAAGGAGAAUGGCAUAUUUUUUUUAAUAUCGGCAUUCUGGCAUUUUCCUCUGGCUGCAAUGACAAAUGCCUUUAAUGCUCAGGAGUCACCAUCAUUCUGUCAUCUUCAUCUUAGCCAUCUGUACAUUAUCCUAUUUUACUGGGGAAUUCCAUAAAGAAUUUCAUAAUGCAUUUUUGAAUUGGGAGAGCAAAGGUUAUAAAUAGCGCUAUGUUCUAAGAGGGCCAAUAAGAUCCUUUAUCAAACUCGUUAAUAGAUAAUGAAUUCUGGGGAUUACUCUUGCAGUAAUUCUGAUGAUAAAUAACAUGUUACAGUGGUAACAGGAGCGGUGGAUUUUUUUAAAAGGUGAGUACUAUGAAAGCAAUCUCUGUGGUACAUUGAAAGGUAUUCAAGAAAUAGUAUAUAAAUUGCAUUAGUCACUUCUCUGUUAUAUUUUAGGGAACAAAAUAGGUUAGGGUUUUUUUUUUCAUAUAUCGUGCUGAAUAAAAAUCAAUUUUGAAAGAAGGGCUACAAA